CCCCGCCUGCGAGGUGUGCCAGAUCUGAGCUCUCCAUCCACUCGCUUCUCGGCUAGCCCCCCAGUUGGAGAUCUGGGACCCACCCGGCACCAUGGCACAGAAAGGCCAACUCAGUGAUGAUGAGAAGUUCCUCUUUGUGGACAAGAACUUCAACAGUCCUGUGGCACAGGCCGACUGGGUGGCCAAGAAGCUGGUAUGGAUCCCAUCAGAGAAGCAGGGCUUCGAGGCAGCCAGCAUCAAGGAGGAGAAGGGCGACGAGGUGGUGGUAGAGCUGGUGGAGAAUGGCAAGAAGGUGACGGUGGGCAAGGACGACAUCCAGAAGAUGAACCCACCCAAGUUCUCCAAGGUUGAGGACAUGGCGGAGCUGACAUGUCUCAAUGAGGCAUCUGUGCUGCACAAUCUCCGUGAGAGAUACUUCUCCGGCCUCAUCUAUACGUACUCUGGCCUCUUCUGCGUGGUGGUCAACCCUUACAAGCAGCUUCCCAUCUAUUCGGAGAAGAUUGUGGACAUGUAUAAAGGCAAGAAGAGACACGAGAUGCCCCCCCACAUCUAUGCCAUCGCCGACACCAGCCUACCGGAGCAUGCUACAAAGGUGAGAGACCGGGAGGACCAGUCCAUCCUGUGCACGGGCGAAUCCGGCGCUGGGAAAACAGAGAACACCAAGAAGGUGAUCCAGUACCUGGCUGUUGUCGCGUCCUCCCACAAGGGCAAGAAGGAUACUAGCAUCACGCAGGGCCCAUCCUUUGCCUACGGUGAGUUGGAAAAGCAGCUUCUGCAAGCAAACCCGAUUCUGGAGGCCUUUGGCAAUGCCAAAACAGUCAAGAAUGACAACUCAUCAAGAUUUGGCAAAUUCAUCCGCAUCAACUUUGACGUCACUGGCUAUAUCGUGGGUGCCAACAUAGACACAUACCUGCUAGAAAAGUCCCGGGCCAUUCGCCAAGCGAGAGAUGAGAGAACGUUCCACAUCUUCUACUACAUGAUCGCUGGGGCCAAGGACAAGAUGAAAGAUGACUUGCUCUUGGAGGGUUUCAACAACUAUACAUUUAUCUCCAAUGGCUACGUGCCCAUCCCAGCUGCCCAGGAUGACGAGAUGUUUCUGGAAACCCUGGAGGCCAUGGGGAUCAUGGGCUUCAGUGAGGAGGAGCGUCUGGCCGUGCUGAAGGUGGUUUCAUCAGUACUGCAGCUCGGGAACAUCGUCUUCAAGAAGGAAAGAAACACAGACCAGGCGUCCAUGCCUGACAACACAGCUGCUCAGAAGGUUUGUCACCUCGCGGGAAUCAAUGUGACUGAUUUCACAAGAGCAAUUCUGACGCCACGCAUUAAAGUUGGGCGAGAUGUCGUGCAGAAGGCACAGACGAAAGAACAGGCUGAUUUUGCCAUUGAAGCUCUGGCCAAGGCAACAUAUGAGCGUCUUUUCCGCUGGAUUCUUGCUCGUGUGAACAAAGCCCUGGACAAGACACAUCGCCAAGGGGCCUCCUUCCUGGGCAUCCUGGACAUUGCUGGAUUUGAGAUCUUUGAGGUGAACUCCUUCGAGCAGCUGUGCAUCAACUACACCAAUGAGAAGCUGCAGCAGCUGUUCAACCACACCAUGUUCAUCCUGGAGCAGGAAGAGUACCAGCGCGAGGGCAUCGAGUGGAACUUCAUCGACUUCGGCCUCGACCUGCAGCCUUGCAUUGAGCUCAUCGAGAGGCCGAACAAUCCCCCGGGCGUGCUGGCCCUCCUGGACGAGGAAUGUUGGUUCCCCAAAGCCACCGAUAAGUCCUUUGUGGAGAAACUGUGUUCAGAGCAGGGUAACCAUCCCAAGUUCCAGAAGCCCAAGCAGCUCAAGGACAAGACUGAGUUCUCCAUCAUCCACUACGCUGGGAAGGUGGACUACAAUGCCAGCGCCUGGCUGACCAAAAACAUGGACCCCCUGAAUGACAAUGUCACCUCCCUUCUCAAUGCAUCCUCUGACAAGUUUGUGGCUGACCUAUGGAAGGAUGUGGACCGCAUUGUGGGGCUGGACCAGAUGGCCAAGAUGACUGAGAGCUCACUGCCCAGCGCCUCCAAGACCAAGAAGGGCAUGUUCCGCACAGUGGGGCAGCUCUACAAGGAGCAGCUAGGCAAGCUCAUGACCACGCUGCGUAAUACCACCCCUAAUUUUGUGCGCUGCAUCAUCCCCAACCACGAGAAAAGGUCUGGCAAGUUGGAUGCCUUCCUGGUGCUGGAGCAGCUGCGGUGCAACGGGGUGCUAGAGGGCAUUCGCAUCUGCCGCCAGGGCUUCCCCAACCGCAUCGUCUUCCAGGAAUUCCGCCAGCGCUACGAGAUCCUGGCUGCCAAUGCCAUCCCGAAAGGCUUCAUGGACGGGAAGCAGGCUUGUAUCCUCAUGAUCAAAGCUCUUGAACUUGACCCCAACUUGUACAGGAUCGGGCAGAGCAAAAUCUUCUUCCGCACUGGGGUUCUGGCCCAUCUGGAGGAGGAGCGAGACUUGAAGAUCACCGAUGUGAUCAUGGCCUUCCAGGCCAUGUGCCGCGGCUACCUGGCCAGAAAGGCCUUUACCAAGCGGCAACAGCAGCUGACGGCCAUGAAAGUGAUCCAGAGGAAUUGUGCCGCCUACCUCAAGCUGCGCAACUGGCAGUGGUGGAGACUCUUCACCAAGGUCAAGCCCCUGCUCCAAGUCACACGGCAGGAAGAGGAGAUGCAAGCCAAGGAGGAUGAGCUGCAGAAGAUCAAGGAGCGGCAGCAGAAGGCAGAGACAGAGCUCAAAGAGCUGGAACAGAAACACACACAGCUGUCUGAGGAGAAGAACCAGUUGCAGGAGCAGCUGCAGGCCGAGACAGAGCUAUAUGCAGAGGCUGAAGAGAUGCGUGUCCGCCUGGCAGCUAAGAAGCAGGAGUUGGAGGAGAUCCUGCAUGAGAUGGAGGCCCGCCUGGAGGAGGAGGAGGACCGGGGUCAGCAGCUGCAGGCAGAGAGAAAGAAAAUGGCUCAGCAAAUGCUGGAUCUGGAGGAACAGCUGGAGGAGGAGGAAGCUGCAAGGCAGAAGCUGCAGCUAGAGAAGGUCACGGCCGAAGCCAAGAUCAAGAAACUUGAGGACGAGAUGCUUGUGAUGGACGACCAGAACAACAAGCUGUCCAAGGAGCGCAAACUCCUGGAAGAGAGAAUCAGCGACCUAACGACAAACCUGGCAGAGGAGGAGGAAAAAGCCAAGAAUCUGACCAAGUUGAAGAAUAAGCAUGAGUCCAUGAUCUCAGAGCUGGAAGUGCGACUGAAGAAAGAGGAGAAGGGCCGGCAGGAGCUGGAGAAGCUGAAGCGGAAGCUGGAGGGUGAGGCCAGUGACUUCCACGAACAGAUCCAGGACCUGCAAGCCCAGAUCGAGGAACUCAAGAUGCAGCUGGCCCGGAAAGAGGAGGAGCUGCAGGCGGCGCUGGCCAGGCUGGACGAUGAGAUUGCUCAGAAGAACAAUGCAUUCAAGAAGAUCCGCGAGUUGGAGGGGCACAUCUCAGACCUACAGGAGGACCUGGACUCGGAGCGUGCAGCCAGGAAUAAGGCAGAGAAGCAGAAGCGGGACUUGGGCGAGGAGCUGGAGGCACUCAAGACAGAGCUGGAGGACACACUGGACUCCACGGCUGCUCAGCAAGAGCUAAGGGCCAAGAGGGAGCAGGAGGUGACAGUGCUGAAGAAGGCACUGGACGAGGAGACACGCUCACACGAGGCGCAGGUGCUAGAGAUGCGGCAGAAGCACGCACAGGCCGUGGAGGAGGUCACAGAGCAGCUGGAGCAGUUCAAACGGGCCAAAGCCAACCUAGACAAGACCAAGCAGACACUGGAGAAGGAGAACGCAGACCUGGCAGGUGAGCUGCGAGCACUGGGCCAGGCCAAGCAGGAGGUGGAACAUAAGAAGAAGAAGCUGGAGGUGCAGCUGCAGGAGCUACAGAACAAGUGCAGCGAUGGCGAGCGGGUGCGAGCCGAGCUCAAUGAUAAGGCACACAAGCUGCAGAAUGAAGUGGAGAGUGUCACAGGGCUGCUCAGUGAGGCCGAGGGGAAGGCCAUCAAGCUGGCCAAGGAUGUGGCAUCCCUUGGGUCUCAGCUCCAGGACACACAGGAGCUGCUUCAGGAGGAGACGAGGCAGAAACUCAACGUGUCCACCAAGCUGCGGCAGCUGGAGGAUGAGCGGAACAGCCUCCAGGAGCAGCUGGAUGAGGAGACGGAGGCUAAACAGAACUUGGAGCGCCACAUCUCGACCCUCAACAUCCAGCUCUCUGACUCCAAGAAGAAGCUGCAGGACUUCGCCUUCACCGUGGAAGCCCUGGAGGAGGGCAAGAAGAGGUUCCAGAAGGAGAUCGAAGGCCUCACCCAGCAGUAUGAAGAAAAGGCAGCCGCCUAUGACAAGCUGGAGAAGACCAAGAACAGGCUUCAGCAGGAGCUGGACGACCUGGUGGUUGACUUGGACAACCAGCGGCAGCUGGUGUCCAACCUGGAGAAGAAGCAGAAGAAGUUUGACCAGCUGCUGGCCGAGGAGAAGAACAUUUCUUCCAAAUAUGCCGAUGAGAGGGACCGGGCUGAGGCGGAAGCCCGGGAGAAGGAAACCAAGGCACUAUCGCUUGCACGGGCCCUGGAGGAAGCCUUGGAGGCCAAGGAGGAGCUGGAGAGGACCAACAAGAUGCUCAAGGCCGAGAUGGAGGAUCUGGUCAGCUCCAAGGACGACGUGGGCAAGAACGUCCAUGAGCUAGAGAAGUCCAAGAGGGCCCUGGAGAACCAGGUGGAGGAGAUGAAGACACAGCUGGAGGAGCUGGAGGACGAGCUGCAGGCUGCCGAGGACGCAAAGCUGCGUCUAGAGGUGAACAUGCAGGCGCUCAAGGGCCAGUUUGAGCGUGACCUGCAGGCACGGGAUGAGCAGAAUGAAGAAAAGCGACGGCAGAUGCAGCGGCAGCUGCACGAGUACGAGACAGAGCUAGAAGAUGAGCGGAAGCAGCGGGCCCUGGCGGUGGCCGCCAAGAAAAAGUUGGAAGGGGACCUCAAGGAUCUGGAGCUGCAGGCAGACUCGGCCACUAAAGGCCGGGAAGAAGCCAUCAAGCAGCUGCGGAAGUUGCAGGCCCAGAUGAAGGACUUCCAGAGGGAGCUGGAAGAUGCACGCGCCUCCCGGGAGGAGAUCUUCGCCACGGCCAAGGAGAACGAGAAGAAAGCCAAGAGCUUGGAGGCCGACCUCAUGCAGCUGCAGGAGGACCUGGCAGCAGCCGAGCGGGCUCGCAAGCAGGCUGACCUGGAGAAGGAGGAGCUAGCUGAGGAGCUAGCCAACAGCGUGUCGGGGAGGAACACACUUCAGGACGACAAGCGGCGCCUAGAGGCUCGGAUCGCACAGCUGGAGGAGGAGCUGGAGGAAGAACAAGGAAACAUGGAGGCCAUGAGUGACCGUGCACGGAAGGCCGGCCAGCAGGCUGAGCAGCUCAGCAAUGAGCUGGCCACGGAGCGCAGUGCAGCCCAGAAGAAUGAGAGUGCACGGCAGCAGCUGGAGCGGCAGAACAAGGAGCUUCGGAGUAAACUGCAAGAGAUGGAGAGUGCCGUCAAGUCCAAGUUCAAGGCCACCAUUGCCUCGCUGGAGGCCAAGGUCGCGCAGCUAGAGGAGCAGCUAGACCAGGAGGCCAGAGAAAAGCAGGCAGUGGCCAAGUCACUGAAGCAGAAGGACAAGAAGCUGAAGGAGGUGAUGCUGCAGGUAGAGGACGAGCGCAAGGUGGCUGAGCAGUACAAGGAGCAGGCUGAGAAAGGGAAUGUGCGGGUCAGACAACUCAAGAGGCAGUUGGAGGAGGCGGAGGAGGAGUCACAACGCAUCAACGCCAACCGCAGGAAGCUGCAGAGGGAGCUGGAUGAAGCCACUGAGAGCAACGAGGCCAUGGGCCGAGAGGUGACGGCGCUCAAGAGCAAGCUCAGACGCGGCAAUGAGCCCUCCCUGGUGUCAAGAAGAUCAGGGGGCCGGCGAGUGAUGGAGAAUGCAGAUGGCUCAGAUGAAGAGCUGGAUGGCAGGGACUCGGACUUCAACGGCACCAAAGCCAGCGAUUAGCCUUGCCUACUCACCCUCCAAGCCGCCUGGGACCCCGACCCUGUUCCCAAACUCCAAACCUCACUGACACCCGCGCUCACACUGACUUCAGAACACACUGCCCUGUGUCUGGGGUGACUAUGUGCGUUGUGAAGGUUGUGCCGAGAGGGGAAGAAAACAAGCAUCAACAAACCCCACCCCAGCCAGGAACACACUGCCCGUCCCCAUUUCAACAAAGUGCACCCUGUUCUGGAGUUGAGACAUCUGCGGUAUUACUGGCAACUUAAGUUUAUGUGAAAUGGGGAGAAAUAGGCACCCAAAGGGGGAGCUCCUCACUCCCUGGCCAUCCCUGCCUUGCUGACUUGAUCCUAUGGCUUCCUGAACGCCCAAGCUCCUUUUGUCGGUGACUCUCCCUCCACCCCCGCUUCCCUCUCUUGGUUCCACACCUCUGACUACACAGUUCCCAUGUGCCUUCAGGAGAUGCUCCUCCCUGGAGGGAAGGGCAUCCCCACCAUGUUCGAGGCAGGAGGAAUGUACCCAGAGCACAGCGACAAUAAACAGCUCCAGAGGCACCACAA